UGUUUUUUUCCAGGUAAGGCUAAGUUCAUCGGUGAACUCCUGGUGCCUGUUGUUCCCUUCGACCAGAAGUCUGGGCGAGAGGCUUGGACGGUAGCCUUUGCACCUAAUGGUUCCUACAUCGCUUGGUCUCAGGGGCGUCGCAUUGUCAGACUCAUUCCCUGGGCAAAAUGCCUGAAGAGCUUCGGUUACGUUCUAGAGUGCGAAGAAACAGCUGCACUUCAGCAAAACCCUCUGGGAAGUUCGGUGAGCAAUUCUGGAGUGGGCACCAAUGCCUCGAGCCCGCGGCGUUCAUCCUGUCAGAACAGCGACGGAGGCCAGCUCAUCCCGGCGGCCGAUGAGCCAUGCGAACACACCAUCGACUGCGGCGACAUUGUCUGGGGCCUGGCCUUCGGUUCCUCUGUGCCAGAGAAGCAGAGUCGCUGUGUAAACAUCGAGUGGCACCGCUUCAAGUUCGGCCAGGACCAGCUGCUACUGGCAACAGGCCUCAACAAUGGUCGCAUCAAGAUCUGGGAUGUUUACACUGGAAAACUGUUGCUGAAUCUGAUGGACCAUACUGAUGUGGUGCGAGACUUGACCUUUGCUCCUGAUGGCAGCCUCAUGCUGGUCUCUGCAUCCAGAGAUAAGACCCUGCGUGUGUGGGACCUCAAAGAUGAUGGUAACAUGGCAAAGGUUUUGCGGGGGCAUCAGAACUGGGUGUACUGCAGCGCCUUCACCCCAGACUCCUCCAUCUUGUGUUCAGUUGGCGCCGGCAAAGCAGUGUUUCUAUGGAACAUGGAUAACUACAAGUUGAUCCGGAAGCUGGAGGGGCACCACAAUGACGUGGUGUCCUGUGAGUUUUCACCAGAUGGGGCACUGUUGGCCACUGCCUCUCAUGACACCAGGGUCAUUGUAUGGGACCACCACAAGGGCACCAUCCUGCUGGAACUUGGCCAUCUCUUCCCUCCUCCAUCACCCAUUUUUGCUGGAGGGUCAAAUGACCGCUGGGUUCGCAGCGUGAGCUUCUGUCCUGACGGUCGCCACAUCGCCAGCAUCACCGAUGACAGAUUGGUUCGUUUCUGGAGCAUCGAGGAAAGGGCCCCUCAGGCCAUCGCCCCUCUCACUAAUGGCCUAUGCUGUGCCUUCUCUCCUGAAGGAAGUGUCCUUUCUGCUGGGACUCGGGAUGGAAGUGUGCACUUCUGGGAGUCUCCUCGUAGCAUUUCCAGUCUGCAGCACAUGUGCAGGAUGGCUCUCCGCCGGGUGAUGACCACCCAGCAGGUGGAGUCCCUGGCCAUUCCGACACCGCUCUGCGACUACCUGACAUACAAAGUCAUCUAACGCCCGCCCACCACCCCAGCACCGGCUGACCCGACUGCACAUGGCGCAGCAGGGAUAUGCUGAAAAACCAAUGAAUUCAGACGCAGACAGUUUUCCAUAGAACGCUCUUGAACUAAUGGACGUGAUCAGGACAGGGGGAAAGGAUACAACAUUUUUUAAACCCCACAGACACAUCCUCAUCUCACCCCCCCCCCCCCCCAAAUCCACUCACAGCUGAAUAUGGUUUUGUGUCGUACAUAUUUAUUUUUGUAAAUGAUUUACUAAAUGUGUGUGCUGGGGCCGCCACACCACCUGUAAGGUUAAGUUAUUUCUUCGGCCAUCGCGGCAGUGUGGUACCUGUGAGUGUUCGGCUCCUCUGAUUCUACCAAGUUCUCAUAACACAUCAUCAGUUUCCUCUGUCCUGAAAUAGCAGGUUGCACUUAAUGUGAGAAGCUUUGCAGUGGUGCUUGCUCUUACUGGCAGGUCUCCUGUUGGCAGGUGGGUGAGCGAAAGGGAAGAGACACACUGGUUGUUUAACGGAUGCAGGGUUUUAGGAGCUGAUUGUCAUUAUCUGAAGUGCCCAUGCUGUGGAGUGGUUUUUUUACAUUUCAAGAAAAACAAAAUCAAUCUGUUUUAGUUUUCUCUUCAAUUAGUCAAACAGUAUUUACACAACCAAGACAGUUAUCACCAAAACUCAAAAUUGAUUCCAUUUGACUAAGAAGCAGUUGUCAAAUCCAAUAAAGUUUUAGCAUUUAACAGAUGUAUCAGCCAUUAACCAUCCAAUACGGUUUGCAACCUAAUCUCAUUUCUGCGGUUUAGCCACAUCAGAAUCUGGCAGCGUCAGAAUUCUUGAUCUGUGUGUAAGGAUUUUUUUUCCAUUUCUGUGGACUGCAGUGACUGUGGUGGUGAUGCACCAAGAAAGGAAUGUAUGCACCGUGUCGGUCAGGCCUCUAGCAUGCACACAUGGUGACAAAGGUUGAAUGUACACAGAAGAAAACUCCACAGGGUACAUUUAGAGUCCUAGCUCAUAAUAUUUACCCCCAAACAACCCUGACACGAUGCAGGUGUGGCUCACCCACGGUGUCACGUCUCAAACUGGCAACAGAAUGCUUGAAUUUACUACUUGCUCUGUGGGGCAGUUAAAAAAACCUCGAUGAUAUCACACUAAAGCUGAGCUGCUUAAUCACUAUAUAUAGUUGAGCUUGUACAAAAAAACCUGUAUACAAAUUUCCAUGUGUUAUGUAUGUAUGUAUGUACAAAAUUGUAUCAUGUCCAUAUACAAAUCAGUUUUUUCAUUUUAUUUUGUCAUUUAUAUUCAGUUUCUCUGUUUUAAUAUUUGUAUUUUUGUAUUUUGUUCUCCUUUUGAAUGUGAAAUGUCAGCAGAACUACACGUCUUACAGCCCGUUAGGGUGUUACUACAUUACUUUGCAUACAUUACCCCUCUGUGCAGGUCAGUUUUACACUGAGGUGGUCGCAUUGUUAUUGAGCCCUGUCACAUUUCUCUUCUAUAUGUAGAAAAACCCUGAAUGCAUUCAGUCAGCUGCCGGCCGCGGCCAUCUGCUGUUGAAUACCUUCAUGGCUGAAAUGUAUGCACAGGAUCAUUUGCAAUGACUUUGUAUGUUUGUAUGUUUUCAGUUCGUGUGUCAGUGAGCGGAGGAGUGAAGAAGGGAAAGUGAGCGCUACGCGCUGUCUCUUUGUGUUCCUGUAGGAUGGUGGCUACUGAGCAGCUGUCAAUCAUUCUUGGCAAUAAGUUCUCUGGCAGUGACUGCCAAAGCCAAAGGUUCCUCUUCAGAUAGUGUGUGUGUGUAAAUGGACCGGUUGUUUUUAUAAUUUUCUGCUGAGAUGUAGAGGGUGUGUCUCAGAGGAGGGUGCGUGGUUAUAAAGCUUAAGAGGGGGUGUACCUGAUGAGAGUUUGUAUACCUGCAAACAUUGUGAUCGGAAAAACACAGUUCUGCCUCAGUGAGAUGUAUGAAGGGGUAAAUAUAUCAUAUAUAUAUGAAUGUAUUUAGUUCCCUGCAUUUUUUGGGGUGUGUGUGUGUAGUUUCAAUAAAGGCCUUUUGACAAAA